AUGAAAGGAGAACAAACCGACGAAGAAGAGGAAGAGGAUAUCGAUGAUGUUGAGAUUGACAUCAAUUUAAAGAUACUAAACGAGGCUCUGUCUAUCUAUGGUAGCACCGGAGCUUCGUACUCGGGAAAACGGAAGUGGACUGUGCGUGAAGAUAGGGAUGAGGAUGAAGAAGAUCCAAGAGGGCCACUGGAUCGUUGGAUUCACUCACGUAAUAAACCUAUAACCACCAUGAGGAUGUCAUAUGCAGGAGUUGCAGAAAAGGCCGAAGGACCAUCGAGUGUUUGUCAUAUAACGACCUUACUCUCAGAGCGGCGGAUGGAGAUUGGGUUCAAUGAUGCGGACAAAGAUGCGCUGUCGGAAAUUGACACAUCUUGCGAAUUCAUCACCAUUAUCUGUUAUCCUCCCCAGAAGAUUACUCGAGCGGCGGAUACCGCACGGUUGGGGGAUAUCACACAUUCAUUUUUCCGUAUUGAGGCCAAAAGCAUGAGAGGAAACGUGGAGAUGGAUUUUCCUAACGACAGAGAAGUUUUGGAGUUUCAAAGCUAUACAUUUGAUGUGAUGCGCCAAAUUGUUCGGGCUUUAUCAGUAUCCAUGAGAGUGUCGAUACGAAUCGAUAGCGAGGGUGUGAUGAGCCUCCAGUUCUUAAUGCCAUCUGGUCCGUCGGGAGAACGUACAAACUGGAUGGAGUAUAGG